AUGUCGGGUGCUCCGCCUUACAAUGCUCAGUCUCCGACCCAGCACCGCUUUCCUCCGUACGACUCCCCAUCUAAGAACCGUUACUAUCCCAACGGAGAACAACCUCAGCAACAGCAACAGCAACAACCACAGCAACAGCAACCGCAACAGCAACAGCAACAACCACAGCCUCCUCAAUAUCCCCAACAUCCACCGCAGACUCCACCGGCUUUCGGCCCGUCAUCCAUGGCGCGAAGCCCUCGCUUUUCGCACGCGUCCCCCCCGAUCCCGGCCUCACUACCGCCCUUGAAUGGCGCGCCAUCUCAUCCAUCACACCCUGAAUCGUCGGCCCCAUAUCCGGGUCCUUCACCAGGAGCUACUCCUCAACUUCCACUCCCGCGUCCCUUUGGGAGCUCCGUGCUCUCGGCCAACGGCACUUCGUCCUACGGCCCAUCGACGCCUCAUAGCCAUCCAGAUGCUCGUCCCCGGUCGCCCACUCGAGAUAGCGACUCGCCGUAUCAUAUGAGAGGCAAUGGAGCGGGAUACGCGCCAAUGCUGAUGCGGGAUACAAGACCGGCGUCUCCACCUCGUGAAACGUACAACGCCCAGAAGCCUGCUCGAUCUGCCGAUCCCAUGUCCUUUGCGAGCAUUCUCUCUGGACCCACGGAAGAAACACCCGCUAGAAAGUCUUCUCCGCCACCUCCUGCCCACGCGGUUUCGACUCACCAUUCACAUACUGAAUCUGGCCCUGUCGCGGGAAUCUUUUAUUCCAAGCCGACAAAAGCACCCGCCCCAGAUAACCACCAAGCCAUCCCUGCACAGGAGUUGUAUGCCGCCAAUGGAAUUUCGAAGGCAAGCUAUCCACUUUCGAGAAAUGUCCUUCGUACACCACAGCGGAGACCGUAUCCACCUGGAGUUGAUGCGGAGCAAGUAAAUCGAGCCAUGGCCGAAAUUGAGAAUGUCGAGUUGAGCGACUUGGAGAUCGCUGGGAACAGCAUAGAUCAAGAUCGGUACAAGUUAAAAUCUCUACAAAGAGCCGAGGAUGGUGAUCGGGCAGAGGGAGCACGACGCAAGCGCCGCCGCCAUGAAUAUUUGUUGGACCUCGGUAACAACCUCGAAAAGCAUUACGUUAUUGGUACUGAUCGCUUCCGUACACUCCACGAGGCUACAGUCAUCGCUGAAGUCCAGCAGAAAGAGAUACAUGACGAAAAGGAGCGAAAGAAGGAUAUGCAACGGAAGCGUCGUCGCGAGAAUACCAUGCGCUUGGAGAUGCAGAAGAAGCUUGAAGCAGAGCGCAAGGCAGACAACGCCAAUGAUGCGGAUGAGAAAGCCAAGUUCCUUCGGGAGGCCGAGCGAGCUGGAAAGAAAAUUAAAUCUACCAAGCGUGCCCUCGAAGGUGGCAACGGCCAAGAUGAGCUCGGCGAGGUCACCCCCCUGGCUCCCAACCUUGAGGGUGGCACAACUAGUUCGUUUUCAAUUGGUCGAUCAUCGCCCUCGCGACGCCGCACUGGUGGUGGUCGCGCUGGUCCUGUCACUCGUCCGAAGAAGUCGAAGGAGCAGAAACAGGCCGAAAAGGAUGCUGCCGAAGCUGCCUGGCUGGCCGGCCUGGACGAAGAGUCGCUGUACACACCCCGCGACUCCAAGCGCGCCGCCCACUCUAAGGAGGGCACUCCUACCCUCCCGCUGCAGUAUGAUACCAAAGGUUAUACCCAGAUCUAUGAGCAGAUUUGGCGCGAUAUUUCGCGCAAGGACAUUCUCAAGGUGUCUCGCAUCAAGUCCGCCUCUAUGGGUAUUCGACUAGAGAAUACGCGCAAGACAGCUCAGCUAGCCAGCAAGCAGUCCCGCAAGUGGCAAGAGAGGACCAACAAGAGCACCAAGGACACUCAGGCCCGGGCUAAGAGAACUAUGCGUGAAAUGAUGACCUUCUGGAAGCGCAACGAGCGCGAAGAGCGUGAUCUGCGCCGCUUGGCAGAGAAGCAGGAGCUCGAGUCGGCAAAGAAAGCAGAAGCAGAGCGUGAAGCCAACCGACAGAAGCGCAAGCUCAACUUCCUUAUUUCUCAAACCGAACUCUACUCUCACUUUAUUGGUCGCAAGAUUAAGACUGCGGAAGCCGAAGCCGUUGGCGCCGAUGGGACGGUUGCCGCCAUUAAGCCAGGUCAAAAUUCAGCGACGGCCAACAUCCCCGAUGAGCACAUGGCCAAUUCAAAUGCAAAGAUCACCAACAUUGAGGACUUGGACUUCGAUGCCGAUGACGAGACUACUUUACAACAGGCAGCCAUGGCCAAUGCUCAAAAUGCCGUGCAGCAGGCCCAGGAUCGCGCUCGUGCAUUCAACGAGGGUUCCGAUCAGAUGGCAUCAUUCGAUGAAGGUGAAUUGAACUUCCAGAACCCCACCAGCUUGGGUGACAUUGAGAUAUCCCAACCGACCAUGUUGAACGCCACUUUGAAGGAGUACCAGCUGAAGGGUCUAAAUUGGCUCGUCAACUUGUAUGAGCAGGGUAUCAACGGUAUCCUGGCAGACGAAAUGGGUCUCGGUAAGACUAUUCAGUCUAUUUCUGUCAUGGCUUACCUCGCCGAGUUCCACAACAUCUGGGGUCCAUUCCUAGUCAUUGCCCCUGCCUCGACGUUGCACAAUUGGCAACAAGAAAUUGCCAAGUUCGUUCCGAAUCUCAAAGUCCUCCCUUACUGGGGUAAUUCGAAAGACCGCAAGGUUCUGCGCAAGUUCUGGGACCGCAAGCAUAUCACUUAUAACCGCAAUUCGGAGUUCCAUGUGCUAGUAACUUCUUAUCAGUUGGUUGUGCUGGACGCACAGUACUUCCAAAAAGUGAAGUGGCAGUACAUGAUCCUGGACGAAGCUCAAGCCAUCAAGUCUUCGUCAAGUUCGCGAUGGAAGAACCUUCUGGGAUUCUCCUGCCGUAACCGUCUCCUGUUGACCGGUACACCGAUUCAAAACAACAUGCAGGAAUUGUGGGCCUUGCUGCAUUUCAUCAUGCCAACUUUGUUUGACUCUCACGAUGAGUUCAGCGAUUGGUUCUCCAAGGAUAUUGAGUCUCACGCCCAGAGUAACACGAAGCUCAAUGAGGAUCAACUCAGACGUCUACACAUGAUUUUGAAGCCAUUCAUGCUUCGACGUGUGAAGAAGAAUGUGCAGUCAGAGCUUGGCGACAAAGUCGAGAAGGACAUCUUCUGUGACCUGACUUAUCGUCAGCGUGCCCUCUAUGCAAACUUACGCAACCGUGUUAGCAUCAUCGAUCUCAUCGAGAAGGCCGCCGUGGGUGAUGAUACCGACAGCACCACCCUGAUGAACCUAGUCAUGCAGUUCCGUAAGGUGUGCAACCAUCCUGAUCUAUUUGAGCGCGCAGAUACCAAGUCUCCGUUCUCGGUUGGUGCAUAUGCAGAGUGUGCCUCAUUUGUGCGCGAGGGUCGCUUUGUCGACGCUUGCUAUUCAACCAGGUCUCUGAUCAAAUAUGAUUUGCCGCGUCUUCUUUGCAGCCCGGCGGCCCGCAUUGAUAUGCCCGGUCCCGAGAAUCAUCGUGCCGGUUUCCAAGGUAAGUAUCUUUCAAACCUGAUGAACGUCUGGGCACCGGAAAACAUUCAGCAGAGUGCUCGCGAGAAUGGAGCCUUCUCUUUCCUGCGUUUUGUCGACACUUCUGCUGGAGAAGCCAGCAAACUCUCACAUCUCGGUAUUUUUGAGCGUGCCAUUGGCCGCCGUGGCCAGGUGAAUCGACUCUCUCGUCUGAAUAUCGUGUACGACGAUGAGGAGAAUGCGUCUGUUUGGCCGCAAUCUAUGCUGCACAUCAUUCCUCGCAAUGACCGGCAGGCUCUGAACGAAAUUGCUGUGGAGGGAUGCAUGCGUAGUCUGAUGAAUGUUUCCCAAUCAUCAUUUGAGAACGGUGGUCUUAACAACAUCGAGGCAUGUGCCAAACCUGCUGCGUCGGCACCACCAAUUACGAUCUCUUGCUCUGGUCAGCAGGCGCAGCGGGAAACCCAAAGCACACUGUUUAACUUGCAAAUUCGCAAAGCACUCUACGGCGCAGUCGACCGACAGAUCGAGGAGCAGAUCCUCAGCAACAAGGUUGACCCCGCUCCAUACUCACAACCAUCAAUGCUGCCAACUCCCGGUUCGCUCAAGUCACGCUACACCCAUAUCGAGGUGCCUUCCAUGCGUCGCUUCGUUACGGAUUCGGGCAAGCUGGCAAAACUCGACGAGCUAUUGCGGGAGCUCAAGGCUGGAGGUCACCGUGUCUUGCUGUACUUCCAGAUGACACGGAUGAUCGAUCUCAUGGAAGAGUACCUGACUUACCGCAAUUACAAGUAUUGCCGACUGGAUGGAAGCACGAAGCUAGAAGAUCGUCGCGAUACGGUGGCAGACUUCCAGAGCGACCCCUCGAUCUUCGUUUUCUUGCUUUCUACUCGUGCUGGUGGUCUGGGUAUUAACUUGACGGCAGCCGACACUGUAAUUUUCUACGAUUCUGAUUGGAAUCCGACCAUCGACUCGCAGGCAAUGGACCGUGCGCAUCGUCUCGGUCAAACCCGACAGGUUACCGUCUACCGGCUCAUCACCCGCGGUACUAUCGAGGAGCGCAUUCGGAAGCGCGCGUUGCAGAAGGAAGAGGUGCAACGUGUGGUCAUUACUGGAGGCGGCAGCGGUGGUGUCGACUUCAACACUCGUGCUCGUGAAAAUAACCGUACUAAAGAUAUCGCCAUGUGGCUUGCAGACGAUGAUGAAGCUGAGUUGUUGGAGCAAAAGGAGAAGGAGGCCCUUGAACGUGGCGAUACUAUGGCAGCGACCAAGGGUGGGAAGAAGGCUGCACAGAAGCGCAAACGUGAUCUCACGCUUGAUGACAUGUAUCAUGAAGGUGAGAAUCUCCCGUACCCAUAUGGAGAUGACGAUUUACUGACUGACAUUCUUUUUACAGGCGAGGGCAACUUUGACGAUGCCAGUGCAAAGCCAUCAGGAGCGGCCACACCUCUGUCUGAACCAGCUGAAACUUCUCCAGUGACAGGCAAGCGUAGCCGUGGAAAAGGCACAGGAAAAGGCACCUCUAAGCGCGCCAAAACCACCAAAGAGCGUCUCCGUUUGAUUGACGGUGAUGGUGGACUUGAUUAA